GCCAAGAAUGAUGUUUUUAAGUGCUCGGACAAUCGAGUAAUACUUCCAGCGGUGGGGAAGAGGAAUACCGCUGUUAGAUACCAUUUCUGCAAACGUGGGUGUAAUGAGGCAGCGAGGGAGCAUUCAAGUACCAACCCCCCUCCCUCUCCCCACGGGACGCGAGAGGCAGAACUCCCGGCAAAACGAUGCGCAUCCUAGGCUGCCCUUCGAAGGACCGUAGAAGCUGUUCGCUGCGGACACGCAGGAAACCCUCCUUUGCGUUCUCAAUGACUCCUAGUGGCCUGCUUGAAGGGGAGGCCGUCGUAGGUCUCUCGGGAUUACUCGGGAGGGUGGGGGGAGAGAAGAGGUAGACUAGAUGGCCUUUUGAUCUCGCCUCCCUUCAAUGACUUCGUGUGACUCCCCCGUUCAAGAGGGAGGGGAAAGGCAGGGUGACCCACACGCGCACAGGGUUGGACCGUCGAGAGAGACAGGAGGAACUGCGAAGCAACCUCGGAUAAGGGGGAGCAGGGAAUGAGCGUGCAAGUAGUGUGUGAAAGAGAAACGCUUGGAUUCGGAGUGUAAAAGAAAUCUAUACCCAAGCUAGUUAUGAAGCAGACGUGGUUUGAGUUGCAUGAAAGAAAGGAGCUUCUGUCAAUAGCCAUAACAACAAUUCGAUAUUGCUUGUAGAAAGCUGUGUAGAAGCCAUGAUUUGACUUAAACUGGAGGGAAUCCAAUCCAGGAGGGUUCUUCACCCCCAUCGCUCCCUGGCAGGGACAUGAGGGAGAGGGCGUCAUCCAACCACACUAGAGAACCAACCCAACGCAUCCAGGUGGAGUUCAGUAUGGCCCCGAGGAACCCCCAUGUGAAUACUUGCCUUUUUGCUGCUUGCCUCUGCCUUUGGAGAGGAAUGCUGGGCCACAGUUCCUUGGGACCCAAAGUGCUGGCAGAAUCUGUUCUGAAUUCUAACGCCAUGUGCAUGACCCUGCCCUGGCUAACCCGGCGCCAAUUUGGACUCUGUGUACGCAGCCCAGAAGUGAUGGCUUCAGCCUUACAGGGCAUCCACCUUGCCCUGCACGAGUGCCAACACCAGUUGCAAGAGAGGCGCUGGGAUUGUUCGGACCUGAGCAGUGGGGGCACUGUGCUUCUUAACAGUGCCAUUCUGAAGAGAGGCUUCCGGGAAAGCGCCUUUGUGUUCUCCUUGCUAGCAGCUGGUGUGACCCAUGCAGUGGCAACUGCAUGCAGUCUGGGGGAACUACAAAGCUGUGGCUGUGCCAGACAAGGCACGGAGAACCAGAAACUGAAACUCAGCCAGCUGCAGUCUCUAAGCCGGGGCAAGAGCCUGCCCCCUAUGCCAUCCUCAUUGUGGGGACAGCCUAGCCCGCAGGACACCUGGGAAUGGGGUGGCUGCAGUGCAGAUUUUGCAUACGCCCAGAGAUUUACCCGGCAUUUUUUGGACCCACGAAGAAAACCCCGUGAUGCCCAUGCCCGGAUGCAGCUACACAGUCAUCGUGUGGGCAGAAAGGUGGUGUCAGAGCUGAGCAAGCGCAGGUGUAAAUGUCACGGCCCUUCUGGGAGCUGCCAGUUUCGGACAUGUUGGUUAGCAGCCCCUGAUUUUCGCCACGUGGGUUCCAUUUUACGGGAUCGAAUGGACCAUGCCACACUCUCACGGCUGGACAACAGAAACUCAGGAGCCUUCUGGCCACGACUCCACAGUUCCCACCUGGCCAAGCACCUCAUCUUUUAUGAAUCCUCCCCUGAUUUCUGUGAACCAGAUCCGAGCCUAGGUUCCUCAGGCACCCACGGCCGCCCUUGUGUCAAGAGCAGCCCGCAGCCAGAUGGCUGUAGCAGCCUGUGCUGUGGGCGCGGCCACAACAUGCUGCAGGAGGUGCGAGCUCAGCGUUGCCAGUGCCGUUUCCAUUGGUGCUGCCAUGUGCAGUGUGAGGAGUGUCCUUCCACAGAGUGGGUUAGCGUCUGCAAAUGAAUAGGGAAGGCCUAACCCCUUACGCUGUGCUCCAGCUAGCCAUGUGACAAGUGCCUGCUGCAAUAUCAGCCAUAGUGAUCAGAAGACGAGCUUUGGGUUGCUGACUUGCUUUCGAUGGGUCCCUUGCUCCGUCCUGGAAACAUAGCUGAUCAUUCCAAGAGAAGACUUGCUUCCAAUAGAGGGUGAGCAGCAAGGAAGAAUUCCUCAAAGAGAUACUCUUUUUUUUCACCUCUUGACCGCCAGCUUGGUCCUAUCUCAGUUUAUUGCAAACUGCCCUAUAUGAUUUAACGGGUAGAGAAUAGACUUGAUCCUGUCCUGCCACUGCAGGAAGAAACAAAAAGAACCAAAGUGGCAAAAAUUCUAAAUUUUUCACAGGCUAGAGUCAAGGAAGGGAGACGUGUUAAAACCAGUAUGGUCCCGGAACCUCAAAACUUCUCCUAUAUAAGGACUUGGAACAUUAAAAGUUUUGGUUGGAGGGUAUUUGCUGUUUGCAGCUACCAUAGUAGGAGAAAUAGACUGUCAUUUGGGGUCAAAAAUUAGCAGGAGAUUUGCAAAAGUUGCAGUUGUUGCUAAUAGCACAGCCCACUGGCAAAAUUGAAACUGGGGUGCUGUAUUGCAAGAUUAAUUUAUUAUUUUGCUCUUUUACUAAUCUAUAUUUGUAAAGCUGUUUGUUAUAGUUAAUGGAGGGAAAGAUGGUCUCUAGUUUUAUCUGGGAAACCUAUGUCUAUUUCUUUUGUCAAUCUGCAUAUGUUAUGUGCUUCCCUUGAGUAAACGUGCGUUCCCCACCUCAAGCCCAUAUCUUCUGUUUGAUUAAAGAUUUCAGAGUCCA